UCCAGCACGUCUCAUCCAUCUCCAACUGCCAUGAUCCUGGAUCGCAGAACAAUACAAUACAUCAAUUCCUCACAAUGACAGAACAAGCAGUUGCUGUUGCUGGAGGUAUAAUAGGAGGGAUCGUUUUAUUUGUUCUCAUCGGAAUAACUGCAUACCUGCUCUGGAAGAAAUUUUGCUGGCUCCAUUCUUACGAAAAGCUCACCGGUGCUGUCAAAAUGACAAACACAAAUGCUGUUUUUCAGGAUCAGUCUGAAAUUCAACUAAAAAGCAUAAGAUCCAGAAGCGUUCCAUUUAUCAUUCCACCAACACUGCACGGGCAAGAGUGGAGUAAUCUGAUGAAUGAAGAACAUGUUCAGGAAGACAGUGACCCCUACAUGAUUGCUCAGUCUGGGCCCCGGUCAUCGUUUCAUUCUUUGGCUGGAGCUUACGUUGUAGGCACCGUUAACCCAGAGCUGUACAAAUUUCCUGAAGACAAAAGUGAGACAGAUUUUCCUGAAGGCAACAUUGGCCGCCUCUGGUUCUCCAUAGAAUAUGAGCAAGAGUCAGAAAGGCUCCUCGUCUCCUUGAUCAAAGUCAGAAAGCUGCAGCCUCCCGCUGAUUCCUGUAGUCCGUUUGUGAAAAUCUACUUGCUGCCUGACGAAAGAAGCUGCUUGCAAUCCAAAAUGAAACGCAAAACCCUUAACCCGCAGUUUGAUGAAAAUUUUGUUUUUCAGGUUUCCAGUAAAAUGUUGUUCCAACGGACUCUGAAGUUUUUGGUUUAUCAUGUCGAUAAACAGAAGAAACAUCAUCUCCUAGGCCAAGUUAUCUUCCCUCUGAAAAAUGAAACAUUAAUCGAUGACAACAAGCUAGUCAUAUGGAGAGAUCUGGAGAAAGAAAACUUGGAGCCUCCUUCACAGUAUGGUGAUAUUCAGUUCUCCCUCAGCUACAAUGACUACCUGGGCCGUCUCACUGUAGUGGUUCUGAGGGCAAGGGGAUUAAAGCUCCAGGAGGAGACCCAUGCUAUCAAAACACAUCUGCUAGGACAUGUAGUAGUUGGGCCUUUCAUGUACACCCGCGGCAAAGAACUAGAACACUGGAAUGAAAUGAUCAGCAAGCCCAAGGAGCUGGUUAAGCGAUGGCAUGCUCUUCGCCACAGCACAUAAACGGCAUGGAUAAAAAAAACCUCAACCAACCUUAAAAUGGGAAAGCUCUCACUACUAUCUUCCAUAAUCUAAAGAGUACAAAAAUCUUUGACCAUUUUACACUCUGAAGUAGACAAGAAUAAAAUAAGUGGAUUCUUCCCUUGCCCAAAUGCAAAUAGAAGACUUGGUCCCUGGUAGGCUGGAACUCUUAUCUUUGCUCUCUCCAAAAUAUAUUUCCAAUUUAAUUAAUACGUACUAGAGUAAACAAAUCAGACAAGCAUGAUCUCACUGUAUUGUUAUUUUGACUAAUAAAUCCUAAUUCUUGGUCAUGAGUUACAGGCACAAAUGAUCACCCAUCAUGUGGACAGACCUAAGAAUGACCUAAGAAUUGUCAAUGAUGAUAGUAGGCCUAACUGUUCACUGCAUUGCAUCACCAUCGACAGAGUAGCUUCACCAAAAGGGAUAGAAGCCCAGUAAACAUGCCAAAACAGACAAAGCCCAAAAGAUGUUGACUGACUACUAAGGGUACAAUUUAUUCAAAAUAGCAGUAUUAUAUUUAAAACAUAUCUUUGAAUCCUUUGAAUAUGAAUGGUGGAAAGCACUGAGUGUUUCUUGAUCAAAAACCUAGAUGCACGUGUUCAAAUCCCCCAGCACAGUGUAUUUCUUGCAGCAAUUCAGUUUUCAUGUUUUCAGCUGACUCCAAGGUAUGACACUUUCUGUUGACACUAAGGGAGAAGCAUGACAGAAGUUCUGAAGUCAGAAAUAACUGGAGGCUUGGAGGAGUAUAGGAGCACCCUGAGAAAGCAAUACAAGGGACCUGACCUGCCCUUAUAUAUUUCUCUCUAAACACAUCUCUGCUGGAGACAGAGCAUUGAUUAAAAGAACCAUGGGUUUGACCUAGUAUGACCACUCUUACAUUGAAAAGCCAAUUAGCUUAAGCCCCCAGGACAUAUGUCUGGUUUAGUGGUAGAGUUUUCUUUGUUAAGUAAAUUAGUGUUCUGUAACAUAAUUCAGAGCAAUUAUUUCUAAUAAAGUAAGACAUUCUGCUAUUCUUGACUAUUCACUGGGGACCUGAACUCUGUACCUUUCACACUAUGCAGUCAUAAACCAGACAGUCUAUUGCAGCAAAGCAUCUUGUACAAUUAUGUUCCAAGGACCAUAAGCUCUGCAGCUGAAAUAAAGCCAACUUCCUUUCAAACAGGAUACAAUAGUAAUUCAAUAUAUUAAAAAAAAAAAAUUAAAAAAAUGAGGCUUUUCUGGGGAGAUGAGAACACUUUCCAUUUUGAUAAUAUUGUUAUUAUCUAAAAAAAGUAUUAUGCAUGAGAAUAUAUUUGAGAGGAAUUGUAAGAUAACAGACUUCACUUCACUUGAUCCCCCAUUUGAAAUGUUACAUGGUACCCGCACAGUCUGUCUUGCUAACUGCACCACUGGAUAAGAUGAGCCUAGACUCACUACAUUUAAUUGAAUUUUGCAGAAUGUUCAACCCUCAUUAUCUCUCUGUCAAAUGAGUAACGCCAGCACCCCCAACCACAAAGAGCCAUUUUCAAAUUUUCCUCCCACAAACCCACUGAAACCCCAUCUCAUAGGCCCAACCCCAUCCACAUGUUCAAACUGGGAACGAAAACUAUAUACGAACUCUGUGAUAACUAUAUUACUAUGAUACAGCAAUUUUACCAAAUACAUUAUGUCCCUCUAUUAUUUAAAUCAUAGCAAUAAACAUUGAAGAUCUUAAAAGUAAACUGUUAAGAAUCUUUCAGACAGGUUUUCUAGCUUAUGCAGGAGGAUGUGUGUAAUGUACAGUGUUUAUUAACAUAAAUACCUCUAAAGUGGGAAGUCACCUGUCUAUGUACACUACAGUCUGAGUAAUAAAAUAAUGCAUUGUACUAAUGUGGUCUCUUUUCUUCAAGUUUCUUAUAUAUUAAAGUACUA